GGCGCGUCGGCGCGCGGGGUCGAAGGUCAGCCCUCAAGAUGGCGGCGGCGGUGACCUUCCUCAGGCUCCUGGCUCGGAGCGGCGCGGUGACGCGGAGCCUGCCCGGGGGCGCCAGGUGCUUCGGGGUGCGGACCUCGCCGACCGGGGAGAAGGUCACGCACACCGGCCAGGUUUAUGACGAUAAAGACUACAGGAAAGUUCGAUUUGUGGGUCGUCAGAAAGAGGUGAACGAGAACUUCGCCAUUGAUCUGAUAGCGGAGCAGCCCGUGAGCCAAGUCGGGAGUCGGGUGAUAUCGUGCGACGGCGGCGGGGGAGCCCUGGGCCACCCCAGAGUGUACAUAAACCUGGACAAAGACACCAAGACGGGGACGUGUGGCUACUGCGGCCUGCAGUUUCGGCAGCAGCAUCACUAGGGCGACCGUGUGACCGGAGCCGGCGGCAGGGCCCGGAGAAGGCUGUGCUGGAGGGCCCGAGCGUGCAGAGUGCGCCUCUCAUAGUCACCGCGGCCCGGCCCUCUGGCUCAGCUCUGCCUGGCACUCUGCCCCACCCGCUUCUCCGCGGCCUGGUCUGAAAUCCCACAAAGCUAAGUACCCUUUGAAGGUGUUAAUAGUCACAUGUGGACUGAUUGAAGAACUCUGUGUGUAUUUAAAAGAGUAAUGGUUACGAUGUAUUGUUCCACAAAAAUAAAAUCAGGAGGGGAGAGAA